AUGAUGCUGGUGACCCUGUAUCUCGCCUUGACAGCGUUCCUCCAACCCCAGACUGUCCAUUCCUGCGAGGACCAUGAUUGGAGCUCGCCUGUGCUGGGAGGUUAUGUCGACCAUGGUCUAAUGAAGACGCAUGAUCUCGCAAAACGAAUACAACCAAAUGCUCUGGUUACCCCUGCGCAGCCGAUCAAGGACCUGCAUUGGGGACAGCUCAACUUCCUGCAUACCACUGACACCCACGGCUGGUUGGCUGGACAUCUGCUCGAUGAGAAUUACAGUGCAGACUAUGGCGACUUCGCCGAUUUCGUGCAAAAGAUGAAAGCAAAGGCCGACGCUCUGGGGGUUGAUCUGCUGCUCAUUGAUUCUGGCGACCUCCACGAUGGGACUGGCUUUGGCGAUGCCACCACACCUAAUGGAAGACUCACCCUUCCCAUUUUCAAGAAGUUGCCCUACGAUCUGUUAUCAAUCGGGAACCACGAGCUCUAUACCACCGAGAUUGCAAACGACACCUAUCACAACUUCGCGCCGUACUGGGGCGGCCGCUACAUCACUUCCAAUGUCGACUUCAACGGGACGGGGGUGGCCCAACCCUUCUCGCAACGAUACGCGUAUUGGGAGACCAAGUUUGGCAUCCGGAUCAUGUCAUUCGCCUUCAUCUUCAAUUUCACCGGUAACAGCAAUGCCUCCGUUGUGACUCCGGUUGGUGAUGCCGUCAAGCAAUCGUGGUUCCAGGAACAAGUAAGCCGAUCGGACAUCGACAUGUUCCUGGUUGCGGGACACAUCACUCUACGCAAUUCGACCGAGUGGGGGCUUAUCUACGCUGCCAUCCGGGAACACCAUCCCACCACGCCCAUCCAGAUCUUCGGCGGUCACAGGCACGUUCGUGACGCCGUGGUGUUCGAUGCAAAUGCGGUGGGCAUAGCAUCGGGGAGGUACUGCGAAACCGUUGGCUGGGUUUCUGUCAAUGGCUUACCCAAGAACGUCACCCGAGCCAACUCGCCAUCAGGCAAUGCGACGAAGAUCACACAGUCUCCGUCGGCUGUGCCUGGGGUCCAGCCCAACCGCAAUUCGUCUCUAUCCUAUUCGCGACAGUACCUGGACUUUAACCGCUACAGCUUUGAAUUCCACACGACCACAACCGAGCAGACGUUCAAUACCAGCCUCGGCGAGGGCAUCAGCGAGAACAUCACCAGUGCGGUGGACAGCCUUCCGGAACUGACCGAGAAGCUAGGCUGCGUUCCCGCGAGUUACUACAUCGACCGCUAUCCAAUCACUUCGAACCGCAGUUUGUUUCACUACCUGACGAGUGUGGUCUUCCCAGCAGUCGUGGUCGCCCCGAAUCGUACCCAACAGCCACGCAUCAUCCUGACCAACACAGGCGGAUUCCGCUACGAUCUGCUCCAGGGGCCCUUCACCAUCGACAACGCUUACCAGACGAACCCCUACGAGAACUACUGGAUGCGCAUGACGGCGCCUUGGUCUGUGGCCAAGGACCUGCUCCUCAACAUGCAGACGGACAAAGUCUACAAGCGCGCCGUCAACGAGACGGAUCUGACCGAGACGUUGGGCUAUGUGACGAAAGAUGAUCUAGGCACUGACGGCGACAACAUUGUGCAUAUCCCCCAGGGAAGUGCGAGUGUGCCGCACUAUGUUCAAGCGAAUGUCAGCGUCGCCAAUGCUUCAGAUUCAACCCUUGUCGACGUCUAUGCCACCAGUUUCUUCACCGCCGCCGCCGGGAAGUAUCUCCAGGGCAAUACCAGCGACUGGAUCCGCGCGGAUGGCAAUUUCAGCUCCUUUGACACGCUGCCGCGCAUGGCACAGCAGUACUGGAGCAAGGAUUGCUGA